AGAAUAGUUAUGUAGGUUAUUUAAAUGAUCAAUUAAAAAUUUUAUACUUGAAAUGGGUAGCUGGGAUGCAGUCUUAUUCGAAAGGCGUGUCCUAAGCUGGGUGGUUGGGUUGGGUGUUCUGGGCGUGGCACUCUGGGUUGCAGCAAUAUCCACGCCCUAUUGGAAAAUUCAAGUUUACCCGAAGUAUCACAGUGCUAUUUGGGGACACGCUGGACUACUUACAACAUGUGUUCUUAACUAUGAUACAGAAGGAGAAAAUAGAAAUCAUAAUAUUACAAAGUUCAGGGGGUUACAGGCAGAUAUAGCAGUAGAAAAGUAUAAAGCUGCUCCUGAGAACUCAACUGAUGAUGAAGACCUGGAGAAGAUCACCAAAGAUGCUAACAAAGACCUGAAAAAGCUCACAAAGAAUGCUACAAAGAACCAGGAGAAGUUUAAUCAUGAAGAUGAAAAUCAAGAAGACCUUGAGAAGGAUGAAUAUCUGAAGAAGCGUCCUGUUUACUGGAAAUGUUCCAGAACCUUGAGUAACUCUGACACCUAUUCAAGCCUUUUAGCGAGAUCUGAGUUUGCGUUAUGUUUUGUUGGACUGUUCCUUGGUAUUUGCUCAAUAGGUUUCUCCAUAUACUCACUUUAUCAUCCAAAGUAUGUAUAUAAGAGACUAGUAGCUGUCCUGUAUAUUCUAACAUCAGGAUGUACGUUGACAGUUCUUCAACUACUGUCUGCUGUCACAGAGACCAAUACGCAAGAUAUGUACGGUGUGAGCUAUCUACUGGGCUGGACAUCAUGUAUAGCUGCUGGAGCAUGUGGCCUAGCCUUCCUUGUGUACAGCAGAAAGAGAAAACUGCUGGAGAGUGAAAACAUCGAGUUCUCACAUCAACGCCUCACCUUCCAGAUGAAUGGAAAAUAAAAAAAAUUUUUUUUAAAUUUUCAGUAAAAUAAAGAAUUUGUUCUUUC